GGAAAACCCUGUCCAGAGAUAUUAUUAUUAUUACAAAUUUUUAUCGGCUGUUGGAGAAGAAAAUAUGAAGUUUCUGCUUUCCUUCGUCGUUCUCGCUGUUUUCAGCGCAAGUGCCUUUGCUAAGGAGUCUCCACCAAAAAUCCAGGUUUACAGUCGUAACCCUGGUGAGUUUGGCAAAGAGAACACACUGAUCUGCCACGUGAGUGACUUCCACCCCCCAGACAUUACAAUUGACCUGCUGAAGAAUGGCGAGGUGAUUCCAAAUGCAAAACAGACCGACCUGGCCUUUGAGAAGGGAUGGAAGUUUCAUCUGACCAAGAGCGUCUCCUUCACUCCCACCAGCAAUGACAAAUUCACCUGCAGAGUCAGACACCUGAAGGAAACGAAGAACAUCUCCUGGGAGCCAGACAUGUAACCUCCUGGGCUUCAUUCCAGCUGGCGACUGUUUCUUUCCAUACUCGCAGCAAUGAUACUACUUUUUGACCAUCAAACAAUCUCUCAACAGUAAAAUUAACUUCUCUGUAUAUCUGUCAAUAUAGGGCUGGGUGAUAUAAUAAAAAUAUGAUUAAAAUAAAGUCAUGUGAUACUUGAAAACACCUUCCAGAUAUACAAUAUGGUGUUUAGUUUCACUUAGGUUUUGCUAUCAAAGAGGCAAAAAUAUUUAAUGGAAAAAGCAUGAAUUAUUUGAUUCAACAUUCACUAAAGAUUCAAACAAUUAACGAGGUAAUGGAUAGAAAUGUAUUUGUUACAGUGAGCAAUAGUGGCGUAAAUAAAUUAACAUAAAAGAAGGCAACAAUAUAUAUAUAUAUAUAUAUAUAUAUAUAUAUAUAUAUAUAUAUAUUAGUCGUAUCACCCAGCCCUAUGUGUCAUCCACUUUUUAGUUAAUCAAGCAAUAUCUUUACAAUUUAGUAUAAACUAGAAUUUUAUGCGGUUUGGAUAAAUUAAUUACAUAGCUAAUGUAAGUUUUCUUUUUUUUAAUGGUGUAUAAUUGUUGCCUAUCUUCUUUUCUUCUAAUCCAUUAUCUUGUGUAAAGUUUGAUACCUGUCUCUGUUUGUUUUCAUUACCCUUAUUUUAUGCUCCUUUAAAAUGAAAAUGAACUCUAAAUAUUGUUUUCUCUUGGAGUUUGAAUAAGUGCUGAUUAUGAUGUAAAAGAUAAUAAAAUUCUGUCCCUCUCCCCAA